GGCGCUGUUGAGCAUAUAUUUUGUUUCAGUCCCGUUUCCCUCCAUGGUUGUCUCCUCUCUCCGACUAACUUAGCGUUUGGCUCAGUUCAUUAUACAGUCCUAUAUUCUCCCUCCAUUAGGGCAUCUCUGCCUUUGGACUGAAGAUCCCACCAAAACCCAAGAGAGAAAAGUUUCAGUUUCACAGGGCAAGAUGGACAUGAAAAAGAGGAUCCACUUGGAGCUAAGAAACAGGACACCGUCUGAUGUACGAGAACUUGUCCUUGACAAUUGUCGAUCAGUUGAAGGAAAAAUCGAAGGCCUCACAGCUGAGUUUGUCAACCUGGAGUUCCUCAGUUUGAUAAAUGUUGGCUUAAUCUCAGUGUCCAACCUGCCUAAACUAGGGAAACUCAAAAAGCUGGAGUUAAGCGACAAUAGAAUCAGUGGCGGCCUUGAUGUUUUAGCAGAGAAACUACCCAACCUCACACAUCUAAACCUGAGUGGCAACAAAUUGAAAGACAUCAGCACAUUGGAACCAUUGAAAAAGCUGGAUAACCUGAAGAGUUUGGACCUGUUCAACUGUGAAGUGACAAACCUGAAUGACUACAGAGAGAGUGUGUUCAAGCUGCUGCCUCAGCUCACCUACCUGGAUGGUUAUGACAUGGAGGACAGGGAAGCCUCUGACUCUGACGGAGAGGUGGACGGAGACGGCGUAGAUGAUGAUGAAGAUGAAGAGGGAGAGGAGGAGGAAGAUGAAGAUGGAGAGGAGGAGGACUUUGAUGAGGAAGAGGAGGAUGAGGAAGAUGAAGAGGAGGUAGAAGGAGAAGAGGAUGAUGAAGAGGUCAGCGGAGAAGAUGAGGAGGAAGAUUUUGGUCAGGAUGGAGAAGUAGAUGAAGAGGAUGACGAUGACGAUGAAGAUGAAGACGAAGCAGAAACUGGCAAAGGCGAGAAGAGAAAGCGAGACCCAGAGGACGAAGACGACGAUGACGACGAUGAAGACGACGAUUAAGAGCAAAACUGAAAACAUGAGCCUACCGAGUUACCCUUCCUCCCCCACAAACCCGAACAUCCGCCCUCUUACAACUCGCACCGCCUUUGUAAUCCACGUCUACCCCCCCAGCUCUGAGCUCUUUUAAUGGGGCAAGACUGUACCGGAUGGGUGGGCCGAGUGGAGCUGCCCCCCCCCCAACCCUUUUUUUUCUCCCCCAAUGGA